CUGGUGGUCUUACGGACGAGAGACUGAAAGCAGUGUCCGUCACUCUGCGUUCUUCAGAAAAACUUAGCCCAAAGUUCUCUUUAUGGCGUUUUCAAAAUGACAGCCUCUAACUUGAGGAACGACAGCAACCAUGGGACGUAUUUCACUGAGGCUGGUGUCAAUGGAUCUCUCUUGGAGCAGAUGCUGUUUCCCAAUGACAGCAUCACGACGUGCAGGAACUUCACCAUGGACUCGCAGGUUGUCGGGGUCGGGGUCUUUCUCUCCGUUUUCAUCCUGGUGGCGAUCGUUGGGAAUAUUCUGGUCAUCCUGUCCGUGGUGUGCAACAAACACCUGCAGACCGUCACAAACUUCUUCAUCGUCAACUUGGCCAUGGCGGAUCUGCUGCUGAGCAUCAUCGUGCUGCCGUUCUCCGCAUCCCUGGAGGUGCUGGGCUGCUGGGUGUUCGGACGGGUCUUCUGCAACAUCUGGGCUGCGGUGGACGUCCUCUGCUGCACCGCGUCCAUCCUCAGCCUCUGCAUCAUCUCCGUGGACCGCUACAUCGGGGUGAAGCACUGCCUGAAAUACCCCAGCAUCAUGACGGAGAGGAAGGCUGUGGCCAUCCUGGUGGUGCUGUGGGUCUCGUCCACGGUGAUCUCCGUCGGUCCGCUGCUGGGCUGGAAGGAGCCGCCGCCGCUGGACGACAGCAUCUGCAGGAUCACGGAGGAGCCGGGAUACGCGCUCUUCUCCUCGCUGUUCUCCUUCUACCUCCCGCUCAUGGUCAUCCUCAUCAUGUACUUCAGGGUGUACGUGGUGGCCCGGAGGACUACCAAGAGCCUGGAAGCGGGCGUCAAGCGGGAGAGGAACAAGUCGAUGGAGGUGGUCCUGCGGAUACACUGCCGGAGCGCGCCGGAGGACGCGCGCACCGCCAGCUGCAAGAGCAGCAAGAACCACCCGUUCAGAAGUUCUCUGUCCGUUCGGCUGAUGAAGUUCUCCCGGGAGAAAAAGGCUGCUAAGACCCUCGCCAUCGUCGUGGGGAUGUUCAUCCUCUGCUGGCUGCCCUUUUUCCUCUUUCUGCCACUCGGUUCUUUCUUUCCAUCUCUGAAACCGUCUGAGACCGUCUUCAAGGUGAUCUUCUGGCUGGGAUACUUCAACAGCUGCAUCAACCCCAUGAUCUACCCCUGCUCCAGCAAGGAGUUCCAGCGAGCCUUCACCCGGCUCCUCAGGUGCCAGUGUUACCACAAGCAGAGGGUGCUGCGGCGCUUCUACGACCAGAGGUGGCGGACCGCUGUCAGGGGGGUGACGAGGGACCAGAGGGGGGACUAUAAGCCCAGCUUCAUUGUGCAUGAAUCCUGCAGUGGAUCCUUCCUGCACAAGGGGAAAAGGCACCCGCUGGGUUUCAGGCGAUGGAGCCUGUUUCCGCCACUGCAGAAGUCCUCGUUCCAGCUGAAAGAGAAAGUGAACAAUCUGUCAAAUAAAAUCAAAGGAGGGACGGGGAAAGGCAGCACAGCUGCGAUGGGCCACACGAACACAGUGGACACAAUCUCCAUGGGGAUUUAUAGCUCUUGUGAGCAGAGCGGUUAUCAGUUCUAUGAUUUGGCCGAAUGUUAUGGCCUGAAAGAGACUGACAUUUAAGAGGGCCACCAGAGAAUCCUUUGUUUAUUUAUUUUUCAAAAGGCCCACAUUGGACCAACAUCAAUAAAGAAUGAAAUAUCUGAGGAUCGAUGCUUGAUUAAAGCUGAGAACAACAGUUUGAUCCUCACACAAACAGGACUAAAACCAUUCCUCAGCUCCAAGUGACCAUCGUGUUCAUUUACAGCACAUUUCUUGCUUAAAUUCACAGUUUGAAUGUCGAGAGUCACUUUGUUUAAGUUUAUUUCUUCCACUUGAAGUCUCUGUGCAUCUACAUUUCAUUUAACAAAAGCCAGGAUCAUUAUUACCGUGACACUUUCUUCUUUACAUUUUAUAUCAAACGGCCUUCGUGUUUUUAACUUUUUGUCAGCUGACACUGUGUGACGACAACUCCUAACGUCUGGUGAAGGCUUUGUUUGAUAUUUUGUAAAAGUAAAUACAAAAAAAAAUAAAGGUAUUGAAAUAAAUGUUCUGAAAGUCUGAAGAGCUGUGACUGAAAUUUAAGUGUUGUCAGAAUCAGAAUGGAUUAUGAUUUGCCACAUUUUUUUUUUCCUGUUUUGACAAGGCAUUGCAAAGAUCAGAGACCAGCAAAGAAUAAAGAUGCUGCACAGUAUUUAUUCUGUUGAAUUUAUGAGUUUACCUGAUGUUGUUUUGUACACUUGAGUCUGCGUGGCUCUCUUAUCUAUCAUUUGCAUUGCUAAGCGAGUGCUAAUGUGAAAAAUAAUAUGCUUUUUGUAUUUUUUGAUGUUGUGUGAGAGAAAAAGCGAAGAAUAAAGAAGAAGUGAA